AUGGGCAGCGAGGGCCUAAUUAACAGUGGACUAGUGUCCGCCGGGACAUUUCGCGGGAAAGUUGGUCUUGAAGACUUCGACCUUUUGCGUGUGAUCGGCCGUGGAAGCUACGCCAAAGUCUUCCAAGUGGAGCAUCGCCCCACGAAGCGUGUGUAUGCGAUGAAAGUGAUUAAAAAGGAGAUAAUCAGCGAGGAUGAGGUAUGUGGAUAUAAACUAACUUUCUUUUUAGCCUCUUUGUUUGAGAUUUAUUCACAUAGCAGUCUUGGGAGACAUCCCCAUUACUCGUAG